CAUUUGUUCUGUUUUGAAUUUUGAAGUUUCUAUUCUUGGUUAAUGCUGGUUUAUUAAGUACUCUAUGCGUUGCGCAUUUCUUGAUUGUGUUCAUCUUGUUUUAAAAUGCACAAGCCCAUGGGUUUAAUUUACAUUCAAUGGAUGAAAAUGUCUAAAUAUAUUGUGAAGGCUGUCACUGAUUAAAGAAAGAUAAGCCCUCUUAAAUGUUAUUUUGUUUUAGAAUUAUGGUUUUAAAUUGUAGUUCUGGCUCCUUUGUGAUUAUGUUAGGAAUUCCUGUGUUAGACCAUGUUAGAAGUGAGUGGGAAGAGAAGAGUGACUUGUUUAGGCUGUAAAAAAACUUCCCUACGUGUCAAAAGGUUAGGAAAGCUAACUCAUAAAGUUGAAGACUGUGUAAGGGAAGAGGGGGAAGUGAGGGAGGUAGGAAUUUCUGUGGGUUUGAGGAAGGUUCAGUUCUCUUGAAUGGCACGCACUAUCUUUUCUCCCGUAGAAUUCUAGAGGUCCAUCUUCAUUAUAUGGAGUUAGUCUCUGUAUUUUCUUAAACAAUUCAAUAUCACAUAAUUACAAAAAAUUCAGACUAAUGAGGUUGAUGUGGUUUCAAUCGUUAUUCCAGAGACCUCCAAAACUACACUUUUGUAGCUGCAUCUGUGGUUGCAUAUCAUAAUUUAUAACUAUUUCUCUCUCGUCCAGUCAUACUAUUCUUAUAUAAUUGUCUUUUCGGUGAACCUUUUUUGGCUUAUUUUAUCCUUCAACCUGUUCUCUAUUUAACUUUAUUAAGAUUAUCAUACCCUCAGUUUAAGUCCACAAAGAAAAAUGGUUAGAUUGUUUGUUCAAGUGAAUUCCCUCUCUGGUCAUUGUGUAUUAGUCACUUUAGUUCCUAACUAAACAAAAUUCUCAACUUUGACCCAGAUUUUACGAGAUGACAUCCAUUUAAUCUUUUUUUUUAUAUUUUUUUUAUAUUUUUUUUUUGUGAAAAACAAUCGUAAAAGUUAAAUUGGGGAGCAAGACUACAAUGGACUACAUUUUGCAAAGUUGUAGAAGAACUAGAAUGGGGUUUACUCUUUUUUCAUUUUUUCCCUUUCUGUUAUGUGCUUCAUGAAACAAAAUUUCAUGGUGGCAUUAUCGUAAGCGGUGACCAAGUGGGUAAGAUAAAUACUUUUAUAAAACACAAUCUUAUUAUUGAUCUAUAAAACACAAUUUCAUAACUUCUUGCAAGAUGGUUGGGUGAAAAUCUUGGACAAAGAUCUAUAUGCUAUCUUACAUUUUAAUUAUUUUCUCCCACAAAAGGCGUUGAGUAUGCUACUUCAAUUGACCUAAUGAAAUCAGUACGGUCACUCUUAAGUUAAAAGUUCCAACAGUAACUGCGUGUUUGUAAUGGUGUUUUGUACUCAUGUCAGAACUAAAAUCCAUGUCGAAAGUGAUAAAAGAUGCAGAAGCUGCUAUUAUUUGCUUUUAACCUACUGAUUGAACAUGUUUACCAAAUCACCUACUGACUUGUCCUUCAAUCUUGACAAAUUUGACAUGCCAUUCUGAUUUAAUUCCUUUGGACAAUCUGAAGAACCUGAGCUGAUUCGUGUUCUCUCCCCUUGUCAGAUUGGCACUUGACUAACCAAAGAAAAAGUUGUUUUUCUCAUGCUGUAGGUGCUCCUUAGUUUUAGAACUUGAACCAUGGUAACGUAGGUUUCUAGCUCUGAAGAGAGUAAUAAAUAUGGCAGCAAACAUGAAGCAAACUCUUGUUCGUUCAUCCUUUUUCAACUUUCACUCCAUGUUGUUAGAAAUUAGAAGGGGAAAAGAAAGAUUCUUUAUACAUAGUCAUAUGAGAGUGAACAAAGAACAAAAAGAUAAGGCAGAGGAAUCUCAAAGGGAUUAUACAUGAAGAGAAUUGGUAUUUUUGAAAGAAUUAGCUUUUAAAAGAUGGUUUUCUCAGCUUUGCAACUUCUAUGAUAUCACCCUAUCAAAUCUAUACUUUUACAUGUUUUAUUUCACACUUUCAACAAACCAUCAAAAUUGUUUCAAUUCAUUAACAAUGAUAAAAUAAAAGAUAAAAACUCUAAAAUAAAAUCUAUUUUGACGGUAAAAGUCCAAAACCUAGAAUAUAUGUUCAAUGAUUAUUGUUAAAAACAUGAUUAUCAAGUGUCCAACAUUUUGGUUUUGGCAAGCAAAUCUUCAAAAUACUUAGACCGGGUCAUAAGCAAGGAUCCAUCGGAUUGAGGUCACACUUCUAUGCCAUGAAAAGAUUGAUUAAGGGAAAAGAUUGAAUCCAACUACUUAAUAAUAUGUUGAAGAAAAACAGGAUGAACUACUUGCUUUAUUGAUGUUAUCAACAUAUAUCAGUAAGUAGACAACACAGGAUGCUUGACUAUGAAUGAACAAAGAUGGAUAACACUUGCUAUCUUUAAAAUCAAUGGCUUCUAGUCCAGGUGGUUGAGCCAUAAAGACUUCUUCAUAUAGAAAACCAUUGAGAAGCAUUGUGAACAUCUAAUUGAAAGAUAUAGCAUUUGCAUGAAAGAGCAAGAGUAAGAACAAUUCAUAUAAAAAGUGGUUUAACAACUGGAGAGAGUUUCUGUAUAAUCAAAACCCGACUAUUGAUAAAAGUCUUUUGCAACAAGCCUUACCUUAUACCUUUGAAUAUUACCACCAGGAUUUGCCUUAAUCCAAAACAUCCAUUUGCCUCCUAUAGCUGUUCUGUGAGGCAACAGUUAAACAAGAGACCAGGGGUUAGAAAUUUCAUCCUUCAAAGCAGAAAACCAUUGUGAAUCACAAAGAGCUUGUCUGGUUGUAGUAGGUUCUGUCAGAAUAUGUGAAUUUAUUGCACAAUUAAUAUAGCAAUUAUGUGUAAUCCUGCAAUUAUGUGUAAUCCCUAAAAUUAAGGGAUUAGGAUUAGUAAUUAUUGGGCAGAUUUCCUUUUAUUAAGAUCAGGUAUUAUUGGGUAGAUAUCUCCUGAUUUAGAGACUUUAUUUCAGGAGAUUUUUUACCUUAAUUAGACAGUAGUUUGUUUCUUUUUAAACACCUAUGUAUUGUUUCAAAAGCAUGAAUGAGAGAAUAAUUAAUUCCAGCAUCCUACUACUGUUUUACAACAUGGUAUCAGAGCUCUAGGUUUUUCCUGGAGCCCUGGUCUUUGUUUUUUGUCUCACGGCCUUCAUUGCCGUUCCUCAACUAUUGCUGGCCUUCAUUGCCAUUCUCGUCCAAAAAAAAAAGGGGCAGCCUUAAUUGCUGUUGUUAUUCUUUCCGCUGUGUUAACCUAACAUCCGAUUACAAUGUCUGGUGCUACAUCAAGUAGAGAAGUCUCUAGUCCUUCACACAAAAAUGGAGAACUCCAAGGUCUCCGAGCGUCAUACAGAUUGGAUGGAAAAAAUUUUCUCAAAUGGUCCCAAUUUGUUAGAACCUAUCUCAAGGGAAAAGGAUGCCUGGUUCAUCUCCUUGAAAAUGGUCCAAGCAUGGAGGAUCCAACAUUUGCAGCAUGGGAUGAAAAAGAUUCCAUGAUUAUGUCUUGGUUGUGGGACUCCAUGGAAGCUACCAUCAGCGACACUUGUAUGUUUCUUAAUACAGCUAAAGAUAUUUGGGACUCCAUAAACUGCACAUAUUCUAAAGCCAAUGAUGCUGCCCAAGUAUAUGAAAUCAAAAUAAAAACUGCAGCCACAAAACAGGGAAGCAGAGGAAUCACAGAAUAUGCGGCACUGUUGUAGAAUCUAUGGCAGGAACUUGAUCACUACAGAGUUUUUGAAAUGAAGUGUGCUGAGGAUGCAAUCCUCUUGAAGAAUUUCAUAGAGAAGGAUCGUGUGUAUGAUUUUCUUGCAGGACUAAAUCCUGAAUUUGAUUAGGUUAGAGUACAAAUUCUAGGGAGAAAGGAUACUCCUUCACUAGAAGAAACCAUAUCUAUUGUUCGUGCAGAAGAAAGUCGGAGGAGUGUAAUGCUUGAGUCUCAACCAAUAGAUGGGUCAGCUCUACUUACCAAACCUGAACUGGUGCAGAAAGGAAAUGAGCAAAUUCCUAAUUCUCUAUGGAAAGGAAACAAAGAUAAUUUAUGGUGCACCUAUUGUCAGAAACCGAGACACACAAGGGAGAAAUGUUGGAAAUUGCAUGGCAAACCUCCAGGAAAGGAGUGGGUGAAUCGUGGAGGACAACAAAAGUCCCAAGUGCACGUAACACAAACAGAGAUUAAAGAAUCUCCAGCAGUAGACAGUUUCAAUAUGGAAGAAAUAAAGAAAUUGAAGAAGCUAUUGGGGAAUAUGGAGGAACCCUCUGGAUCAUGUUCUCUUGUUUUCUCAGGUAAAACUUCUUGUAUGAAUACCUCAUAUAAUGUGAACUCUUGGAUUGUGGAUUCGGGAGCUACAGAUCAUAUGACACAUUUAUUCCACUUGUUUCAUUCUUAUACACCCUCACCAAGUAAUAGAAAAAUUAUUGUUGCAAAUGGGUCAGUAGCUACUGUUGCAGGAUAUGGUAAUAUCCAAGUAAACCCCAACCUUAUGCUUAAAAACGUUCUCCAUGUUCCCAAACUCUCAGCCAGUCUUCUCUCCAUAAAGAAACUAACCUCUGAUCUCAAUUGUUCUGCAAUGUUUUCCCAUCUCUAUGUGUUUUUCAGGAACAGGACUCGGGGAGGAGGAUUGGACUUGCUAAAGAAAAAGAUGGUCUUUACUACUUGGAAGUAUCUCAAGAAUCCCAAACCAACCAAGCAAAAUCCCUUCACAGUAUAACAAAUAAGGAUGAACUAUGGUUGUAUCACUAUCGUCUAGGACAUCCAUCAUUUAAGGUGCUACAGUUUAUGUUUCCUCAUUUGUAUGAAAACUUAGAUAUCUCAAAACUUCAUUGUGAAACUUGUGAGUUAGCGAAGCAUACUCGUGCUUUUUUUCCCAACAGCAAUAAUAGAAGCUCUCAACCUUUUCAAUUGAUUCAUAGUGAUAUAUGGGGACCGUCUACAGUACCAAAUAUUUCUGGGGCCCGUUGGUUUGUAACAUUUAUUGAUGAUUGCACUAGGGUUACUUGGCUCUAUUUGCUUAAACAAAAAUCCGAUGUCAGCACUAUCAUUCCCAUAUUUCACUCAAUGAUUAGAACUCAAUUUGGAGUUAAUAUUAAAAGGUUUAGGACCGAUAAUGCUAGAGAUUAUUUCAACCAAACCAUAUCCUCGUAUUUCCAAUCUAAUGGGAUCAUCCAUGACUCUUCAUGUGUUUAUACCCCACAACAAAAUGGAGUGGCAGAAAGAAAAAAUGGGCAUUUACUCAAUAUAACUCGGGCUCUUCUUUUUCAAGGGAAUGUUCCAAAAAAAUAUUGGGGAGAAGCUGUUCUUACUGCAUCAUAUCUUAUUAAUAGACUUCCCUCUCAUGGCGUAAGUAAUAAGAGUCCAAUAGAAGUCUUAAAUAAUUUCUUUCCUCACUUUAAGAAAUCAAAUGGACUGAUUCCUAGAAUAUUUGGAUGUACAGCCUUUGCACAUGUCCCUGUUCAAGCUAGAGAUAAACUGGAUCCCAGGGCUGUUAAAUGUAUUUUUUUAGGAUAUUCAGCCACACAAAAAGGGUAUAAAUGUUAUGAUCCUAUCAUUAAAAGAUGGUAUAUCUCAGCUGAUGUUACUUUUCUUGAAACUAAACCUUUUUUUAACAAAACCAAUCCUACAGAACAAUGUCUAGAAGACCCUCAUGAAAAUGCUGAGUUCUUAACUCUGCCAUAUAUCACAACCAACAGAUCUGAGCCUCCAACUAUACAACAUAAUUAUGAACGAGGAUCAGAAGCUAUGGAUACAGAUUUCCCCAUUGAAGCAACUCGAAUAGAAGCUGACAAUCCUCCGAGAUUUAACAAGGUUUACACCAGGAGAAAGCAAAUUCCAGAGAUGAUGCAAGUCCAUGAAUCCAAUCCAAGUUCUGCACCAGGAAAUGAAGAAAUACGUGAACCAGAAAAUGAGAUUGACCUUCCAAUAGCCCUCCGAAAAGGUCAUAACUGUUAUUCAUAGUGUGAAACCGUGGACAGUUCCUUGGACAGCAAAAACUAUUGUCCAGGACCCCGUUUGUGAAGCAUCACAUUAAGAUGGUUGACAGUCUUUCACCAAAUGCAAGAACUUCAGAAUUUCAACUUUCAAUGCCAACUGCAGAUGGAAUUCCAAGAUAAAAUAUUUCAGAAGUCUCUGGAAGAUGAACAAUUAAGGAUGACUGAAAACGAAAUGCAGAGUAUGCUUGAUUAAGUUAUAGAGAAUCCAAUAUGCAGAGUUUGCUUUAUUAAACUAUACAGAAUCCAAUAAUUUAUUGGUUGCCUCUCCCAGUCUUAACAUCCUUACAAGCUGGCCCCAGAACGGCACUUAAUGACAAAUAGUUAUAGAAUGAGUGCAUGUGGUUUGCCUAAUGCCUAUAGCCACAUUUUACCUGCUGCUGAGCUGGUUGUCAUGAUGCUCCCUUGUGAAAUUUAUCUGCAAUGCAGCUAACUAUAUUCUCGUAGAUAAAAAUUCUGUCAAUUUUUAUCAGAACCACUUAAUUCUUUGGGUCCUUCCUGCUUGCAUGAAUGGUGCAACAUUCUUUUCAGAAUUAGACUGCAUUAAUGAAUGUUGUAUUUACCAGUAAAUACAUAUUGUCUUAAAUGGGGACAUAGGGGAGGGGACCAAUUGGUUUCAGGUCACUUACUAUCCUGGCUCAGUAACUUUUGUCCCAUGAACUUUUGCGGAUGCUUACUUUAUCCAACAGCUGAUGGGACCCUUGUCUGCUUUUUUAGCAUCUCAUAGAAUUGUUUACACAACCAGUUUGCCCGUUUUUUUUUAUGAAAACGACGUUACUUUCUUACACAUUUAAGCCUCAGAAGAUUUGUGGGCAGCUAGUGGAUCAAAAAGCCUGAAUUUCCUUACCCCACGACAACCUCAUCAGUUUUGCUCUUUAAGAAUUCAAAUUGGAGUUGAACUCAUCGAAUGGCAAAUGAUUCUGCAUAUGCCAAUAGGGAAUGUUAUCGUGUAAUUUAUCACUCUGUAAUAUGCAUAUGCCUUCCUUUAAGAAGAAAGUGCAUGAUAGUCCUUAUGUGCACGUCAAUUUGGUUUUAAGUUAUCUUAAUACAACAUUUUAAUUUAAGCUCGAUUGUACUUUUGCUACAUUGACAAUUAUUAACGUCUAUAGAAGGAAUAUUUUUGUUCUUGAGAUUUAAUGUGGUUUUGGUUUGCUCACCUUUAAAUUAUAAACACUCCGACAUACGUGUACUAACUACUAACACACCUUUAAUGUAGAAUAAGAAACUUCAAUUUUCAAAAAAUUAAAAUAUAAAAGUAACCAGUUAAAAAUUGAGCAAAUUAACUAAAAUCACAUUAUAACUUUCAGAAAAAAGUUACUGAAUCGUUUCCUCUUUCUUUUGCAUUACUCAUUUUAUUUAUUAUUUUUCUUACAAUAUUACCAUAAAUUUAUUAUGUAUAUGUGUGUGCAUUCUUUUUCAACUUUUAUAAACUAUUUCUCAUAAGUUGUCCUGGUCGUCUCUUUUUCUUAUCACGAUCUUUCCCAAAGAAAAGUAAGAUACGAUUUAGAAUCAAAAUUUUGCUUUUACACAGAAAGGUUUACCGACACUCACCUUUUAAAGAGCUUUUGGUUAUUAUCGAUGAAAACUCGUUGUGCAAGGUAAUAAUUUACCACAGCAAUAGCUGGUGGCAAGGCUAACUUAGAGAACAAUCUCUUGAUAGAUAUAUUUAGUACAGUAUUUUCUAUUCUAAAUUUCUUGAAUAAGACUAAUAUUGUGCAUAGUUGAAAAACCACUAAAAUACUAUGGUACGAUGCUUUUUCUCUUCAUGAAACAAUAAUGUUGUCCUAGGGUAUCUCGUGUAUAUAAUAAUCCAUGAUGGUCCAAUAAAAUAUACAACAUAUCUAUGUCAUUUAGGUUGCAUGCACAUAAUAAAUAUUGUAAGAUGAAAUAUUUUAUAGUUUCGAGUUUAGCCUGGUGUUGCAGGCGUGCAGCAGUUGGAAAGUAAUAUCACACUGAUGAAAUCACCUUUCUCAAGUGGUCAUGUCCAUCCAAAUAAUUUUAUUACACAGAACAAGAAGACAAUGGAAAAACGUAGAAAACCUUAGUACAAUCAACAACCAUUGCACAUAUUGUUUUAAAACAUUGAUUUAUCAUAACAGCGGAGGAUGUAAACAAAUUGUUCUUCAAUUUACUGUUCUGCAUCUUUUUUACUGGAUUGAAUUCCCAGUGUAACAACAUUUGAAUAUUAAUGUGCAUGAACUUCAAGAAUUUUCUAGAAUGUGAUUUGCAAUUUAGACUGCAAGUCUAGAAACAAACCAACUCCUCCUUUAUGAAAAUUUGAAAGCAAUAAAUGAUUAAAAAGAGAAGGUGAGGCUAACUGAUGAAACAAGACAUUAUGGGUCUAUUGGUGGGCUCAUAUUCCUGUUUCUUUUUCUUCCUUUCUCAUUUCCAAUUAUUAAAACUCAUUGUCUCUUGCCAGA